CGCCCAAAUUUCAACAUCAUAGAUUAAGAGCCACCAAAUCGAACCAAGAAUCUGCCUGUCUGCAGAAAAGGACAUACUCCACAAAAUGAGCUCCGAUGAAGAUGACGACAUGCCGUUGGCAGCUAUUGCCACGACAAACAGMAAGAAGAAAAUGACGAAAAAGACAGCUCCUGCGAAGAAGCGGAAACGGGAGAACAUAAAGCCCGAGAAAGUCUUAUCGUCUACCACCGCAAAGGCCAAAAAAACUAAGCAAACUGCUSCUCCUCCUCCCAAGAAGGAACUCAAAAAACUGGACAAGGCAGAACGUCUCCAAUACGCAAUGCAAUCCUUCCUUUGGUGGAACGCUAAGGAACCACCCGCGGGCUGCCAAUGGGAAAAAAUGGAACAUGCCGGGGUCAGCUUCCCAGACCCUUAUCAACCACACCGUGUAAGGAUGAAAUACGAUGGGAAGCCAAUCGAUUUGAAUCCGAUCCAAGAGGAGGCGUGAGUAUAAUUUGUUUCGAUUUKUACUGCACCGGUCUCAAACGGGUACGGUAGUACUGUAGGUUUGAGKUGGUUUCGAAUGCUUGCUAGAACUUUUUCUAACCUCGACUUCUCUUGAAAUUUYGUCCGGAAUACACCGCACUUAAUAAUUGUUGGUUGUGUGUCACUACUGUUCAUUUUGUCAAAUCAAUAAUGCUGUCGAUUUAUUCGAGGAUAGUGCCACCUUUUUUGCCGCUAUGGAUCCUGAUGGGAUGCACUUGGGGAAUCCAAAAACCGCCAAGAUUUUCAUCAAGAAUUUCUUCGCCGAUUUCAAAGCCACACUAGGUAGGGGACACRUUAUCAAAGACUUUAAAAAGUGCGACUUUGAACCCAUUCGAAAACAUUUGGAAGAGCAGAAGAUAAUYCGAAAAGCCAUAUCCGAUCAAGAACGGAAGGCCAACAAAGAUGACCGCAACAAAGCGAUGUUCAAGUAUGGAUUUGCACAAGUCGAUGGUCACAUUGAAAAAGUGGGGAACUACAACAUGGAACCACCCGGUGCCUUUCGGGGACGCGGAGAGCAUCCGAAAAUGGGAAAACUCAAGUCACGGGUUGCACCCGAGCAAGUUUCUCUCAACCUUUCGGAAUGCGCUGCCGUUCCACGAUGCAAUGUUCMCGGACAUGCAUGGGGCGACAUUCGACACGACCCUCGCGGACAGUGGCUGGCCACGUGGAAGGAGAACAUCAACAACCAAUCCAAGUACAUGCAACUAGCAGCUCAAUCAUCCUUCAAGGGAAAGUCGGAUAGAUUGAAGUACAACAAAGCAGCUAAGUUGUGCGAUAAGAUUGUGAGCAUUCGCAAAUCGUACAAGACUGACCUCAAAUCCAAGGACAAAGAAAUCAAACAGCUUGCAACAGCAACAUGGGUCAUUGAUCGUUUGGCCCUUCGUGUUGGUGGUGAGAAGGAUACUGACGAAGAGGCCGACACAGUUGGUUGCUGCUCUCUGCGAGUAGAACAUCUUCAUUUUGAUCCGAACGGGGAGGGCGGGGACAACAAAGAAAUAGAGCUGGAGUUCCUAGGUAAGGAUUCUAUGCUUUUCAAGCAGACAAUCGAUUUUGGUGCCCCUAUGUACAACGAGAAUAGUGGGAUGGGUGACAAGGUCUUUGCCAAUCUCAAGUCCUUUUGUUCAAAGAAGAAGAAAACGGAAGAGGUUUUCGAUGGUAUCAAUCCUACGAUGUUGAACAACCACCUGAAACAAUUUAUGGAUGGACUUUCUGCCAAAGUCUUUCGUACCUAUAACGCAUCUCGUACAUUGCAAGAGGAACUUCGAAAAACCGAAAGUUCUGAUAGUAGGUGGAAGAAAAUGAAUGCUGCAGAGAAGGUUGUUGAAUACAACAACGCAAAUCGCGAAGUUGCUAUUCUGUGUAAUCACCAGCGCUCUGUUAGCAAAGCACAAGAGACGCAACUGUCAAAUAUUGAAGAAAAGUUGACAUUACUGAAGAAGCAGAAGAGCAUGUUGAAGAAGAUGCUGACUCAUCUGACUAAGGGAAAGAAUACGGACAAGUUUCCUAUAAAAAAACACGACGAGAAGAAACUAGCUGAAGAGGCCGCCAAAGGUAUUGAAAGGGCUAAAAAGAUGAAAGACAAAGCAAAGACCAACGAGGAAAAAAUCAAGGCUACAGAAGCCGACGAAAAAGCGAAACAGAAGAAACGAGAAGUUGCGUCAAUAAAAUUUCAGCAAGCUCAUUUAUGGGAUAAGGUUCCCACCACGGACCAAGUUGCAAAGAAGAUCCAAAACUGGAGUGCCAAAAUUUCGAAGAUGGAAAUGAACUUGAAGCACAAGGAUGACAACAAGGAAGUGUCAUUGGGUACUUCCAAGAUCAACUACAUGGAUCCUCGAAUCACUGUGGCAUGGUGCAAGCGAAAUGAGGUACCAAUCGAAAAAGUGUUCUCCAAAACUCUGCGUGACAAGUUUAACUGGGCCAUGGCUGUCACUCCUGAUUGGGAAUUCAACGCAAAAAUUGCGGAGGAGUGACAGGUUUUUUAAGUCAGGUUGCUUGACUUCAUCAAGGACUUGCCACCAACAGUAUAAUAUUGAAUGCUGGUUUUUUAUCGUACAAAUUAUUUUUCCAAUCAAGACUUCAUGAAUCUUGUGAUUUGCGGUGCUCUAUGUUGUAAACUUUUAUUGGAAUAACAGUGCCAAUACAGUGAGAAAUAAUGGGAAUAUAAAUUU